AUGCGUCAGAAGGCUCAGAGUGGAUUAGAGGAUUAUGAGGGUUUGCCCGUAGGUCUAUCAUACUUCUUAUAUUGUAGACAUGCUAACUCCCGCAGAGACACCCCGGUGCUACACAACACGGAUGGACAAUGUCCUAUUCGACCUUCUCAGAGUCUUGCGCGAUGUCGCGUCUCAUUUACCCUCACGUCUUGCGCCUCAUACUGGCUUUCUGAUUCGAUCCGCGCGUUCUCGUCUGUCUCGCUCUCAGUUACUCAUCUGUCUUCUCUUGUGCUCUCGCGGCCUACCAGCGAGGAGGGAGGAGCGAAAGAAAAGAAGACAAAAGAGGACGUGUUGAACGUCGGAAGGGUCCCGACUCCUGAAGAUGACCCCUUCAAGAAAGGGAAUAUCAACGAGUGUAAAGGCAAGAAGAGCAGUGGUUUCUCGACACUCAGCGGAUGUGGGAGCGAGGAUGACGGGAAGUGGGUGGUGCCUCCUAGGAUGAGGGGCCUCGGGCUGGACAUGAGCGCCGUGAUGGGCCAGCAGCCGCACCCAUACGCGAGUGUUGCGCACCGGCAGACGGUGUCCCCUGUUUCGCCUGCGACGCUGUCGCCGCUGUGGGGUGCUGCGACGCCGCCAAUGCACCCUCCGCCGACUUGUCCAUUGCCUAACGGUCCGCAUCUGCAGGGGCUACCGACGCCGUCUAGUUCUAGUACGCUCCCGCCGUUGUCGGCAUUCGACGCUGAAGGAAAGGAGCGGGCGCUUGUAUACCCGCUGCCGGUGGCGCUGGGGCCUGUGCCCCCUCCUUCGACUAUACACCAGCAUGCUCUGCUGCAGGGGGCGGUCAGUGGUAGGAGGCAGUCGUUCGUUGUUGCGAAGAAUAAGACGCACGGGCUGCUACGGAAGGUCAGGCAUGUGCCUAUUGUAGAGGUGGGCGAUAGGAGUAAGACGAGUAAUAGGGCAUACAAGAGUGUGGUGAUUGAGGAAAGGCAGUCGAGGAUGAUCUCUACGAAUCCUUGGGUCAAAGUGCGCAGACGGAAAAGGGUCGGUGGCAGGAGGUCGAACAGGGAAUCGAGUGGGAAGGGCGAGCAGCGAUUCGAGCUCUAUCGCGUAUCACAACGCGAGAUCUUCGUGCACUCGUCGGCUAGCCACGACAAGGUCAUCCGGAUCGCUGAAUGUCGGGUUUCCAAUCAUGUGGAGAUGAGUACGCUCUUCGCACAACAGAUGACAAGGUUCCGGUUGGUAGCUGCGCCUGGAUGGAGGGAUCUCAUGGAAUUGUGUGAGGCCUUUGCAGAUGUCUUGGUGGGUGAGAAGAAGGGACAGAUUGUUCCUGUAUCGCUGGUGGAGUAG